UUUCCGUACAUCCGUACGCUGAAGAUUCCCGGCAAAGAAAUAACGUCCCUCUCGUGGGAAGGCAAAUCGCUCCGGAUCGCCUUGUCGGUGGAUUCGUUCAUUUACUUCGCAAACAUCCGGCCGGACUAUAGUUGGUGUUACUUCAACCGUACCGUCUGCUACCAAGAGGCGGGUGGUGGUGCUGGGGGCGACGACAUGGAUACGGUAACGUUCUGGGACACCAACUCGAACCAGUGCUACGCAAAGCAGAUCGAACCGAUGAUGUCGAUGGCCUCCUCGGCUGACCACUGCGUGAUCGCCGUUGAGACACGCAUGACCGGCAAGGAGUUCAGCGUCGUGAGCGAGGGCAAGGGGAAGGAUCUGAUGUACCAGCUGCUGAUAUGCAACUCGAUCAGCACGACGGUGGAUUCCAAAUACAUCGACAUUAGACCAGAGUUUAUAACAAUGAACUCAACGCACGUGAUCGUGGCGUCGAAAGAUCACUUUCUGCUCUGGCAUUAUCAUACACCGAAGGGGGCCUCCACGUUGCACGCGAACCUCAAGACGAAACGCGAUCGCAGGUACCACAUCGACGACACGCCCGCCCUGGAGGUGCUAAACGAUCUCGACUCGAAGACGGCCCACGAAAUCCCGCCCAAAGUGGACCCGAGCCAGGAUCCCAUCUGUUGCCUGGCAUCGUCGGAGAGUUUGCUUUUGAUCGGCCGGGAGAGUGGCCUCAUCCAUGAGUACACGCUGCCUCAUCUGGUGCUGCGCAACCGACACUAUCUGCAGACGCGCAGCUAUAAGUUGGCGAUCAACUGUAACUCGACCCGAGCGGCCAUGAUCGACUGCAACGGCGUGCUGACGACGCUGACUCUCCGUGACGACACAACGAGCAACGAACUGGAGCAAUCGAGCGGUCACAUCGAACGGAAGGACGUGUGGGCCAUCUGCUGGGCGAAGGAUAACCCGCAGCUGCUGGCCAUCAUGGAGAAGACGCGCAUGUACAUCCUGCGCGGGGCCGACCCGGAGGAACCGAUCACCUGCUCCGGCUACAUCUGCCACUUUGAGGAGCUGGAAAUCACGGGCGUCCUGCUGGACGACAUCAUCAAGGGUGGUGCGACGCCGAACGUGAAGGAGCAUCUCGUGCAGUUGCGCGUCAAAUCGCUGCGCGACACGGAGGACCUGCUGGCGCACGUCGGGAUCGCCGAGGCGAAGCAGUUCAUCGAGGAUAACCCACACCCGCGGCUGUGGAGACUGCUGGCGGAGGCAUCGCUGAAGAAGCUGGACCUCGAGACGGCCGAAGCGGCGUUCGUGCGAUGCAGCAACUAUCCGGGCAUUCAGCUGAUCAAGCGCCUCAGGACAAUCCAGCUGGAAGCGCUGCAGCGGGCCGAGAUCGGCGCGUUCUUCGGCGAGUUCGAUGAGGCGGAAAAGCUGUACAUGGACGUGGAUCGACGGGAUUGCGCGGUUCGGUUGCGCCAGACGCUGUGCGAUUGGUUUCGCACGGUGCAGCUGUAUCGGCUCGGGCCGGGCACGUCCGACCAGCAGAUGGAGAACGCGUGGCGCGAGAUCGGCCACCACUACAUGAACAUGCGCGCCUGGGACAGCGCCAAGGAGUACUACGAGAAGGCGCACCACAUCGAGGGCCUGAUGGACGCGCUGUACGGUUUGGAGCAGUACGACGAGCUGGUCGGCUGCAUGCACAAGCUCCCCGAGAAGAGCCCGCAGCUGGCGAAGCUGGGCCAGAUGCUGGCCACGGUGGGGAUGUGCGAGCAGGCGGUCGCCGCCUACCUCAAGCUGGGCGACGUCAAGUCGGCCGUCUCCAGCUGCAUCGGCCUGCGGCAGUGGGGACUGGCGGUGGAGCUGGCGCAAAAGUACAAGAUGCCCCAGAUCAACACGCUGCUGAGCAAGCACGCGGCCCAGCUGCUGCAGGAGGGCAAGCUGCCGGAAGCGAUCGAGCUGCAGCGGAAGGCGGGCCGCUACCUGGACUCCGCCCGGCUGCUGCUGAAGAUGGCCGAGGCGGAGGUGGAGAAGAAGUCCGACUACGUGCGCAUCAAGCAGCUGUACGUGCUGUCGGGGCUGCUCGCGGAGGAGUACAUCGAAAAGCAGAUGGCGCUGCAGGCGGGCGGCCCAAGCCGAGCGGCGGUCCUGGCCCAGCUCAAUCCGGACGAUGCGGUGCUGAUCGAGCAGAUAUGGCACCACGCGGAGGCGUACCACUAUAUGCUGCUGGCACAGCGACAACUGCGCUCCGGGUUGCUGCAUAGCGCCGUCAUUAGCGCGCUCCGGCUGCGCGAGUACGAGGACGUGCUGGACGUGGAGGUGCUGUACGCGCUGCUCGCCCUGGCCAGCUGUGCCGAUCGCUCGUUCGGCACCUGCUCGAAGGCGUUCAUCAAGCUGGAGGCGAUCGAGACGAUCUCCGAGGGUCGUCGGCUGCAGUACGAGGAGCUGGCCAUCAGCAUCUUCUCGCGCUACGACCCGAAGGACAACAAGGUGAAGCACGUCAGCUGUUACACCUGCGAGACGCCGGUGGCCGACUGCAGCACGCUCUGUCCCAGCUGCGGCAAUCGCUUUCCGCCGUGCAUCGCGUCCGGACAGCCGCUGACCAAUCCGACCGGCGCCUGGCAGUGUUCCGGUUGCUACCACGUCGCGCACCCGCUGGAAAUGACGUCACGCAAGACGUGCCCCCUCUGCCAUCGGCUGAUCGCGCCGGCGAAGGGAGCGGUGGAGAUUUAAUGUUUUAUU